UCUUGAAAUGGAAAAAAACUACGAACGUGAUCUUGAUGAAAGAGCGCUACAAGAUCAAAAGCAACGUGAACAGUGCAUCAAGAUCAGAGGUUUAAAAGAGAAAGAUAACGAAGAUUUAUAUGAAUACCUCACACCGAUUUUGGCUGAAUAUGUAGGAGCAGAGAAAGAACAUUUUGAACAAGAAAUAAGUAAAAUGUUCCGCCUUAACUCUAAGAUAGCGAAACAAAAAGGACUGUCUAGGGACGUGAUCGUUUAUUUCACAAGGAAAAAAAUUAGAGAUGAAAUCAUUCAACUAAAUUACGAACAACAUCUUGAAGUAGAAGGGGAAGAGCUAAUUCUAUUAAAAGAUAUCCCUUUGAGGAUCUUAAAAAAACGUAAUGAGUACAAACCCCUAGCGAUGCUGCUCAGGAAGAACAAUAUUCCAUAUAGAUGGGAUAGGCUGGAAGGGCUGAUUUUCAAAUAUAAAACGGACUUACUUAGAAUAAACUCAAUUCUAAAAUUAAAAGACUUCAUGAAAAAACAUAAGAGAGACCUGGAGAAAUCGUCGAAUACAGAGGAGAAAAAAGACAAAGAUAACAACAUAGGUGAACCUUCGGACUCAGAAUCUGAACAGGAACAAGAAAGAGAUGAGAAUAAAGGAAAAGAGGAAAAAGCAAAUAGUGAAGAGGAGGAAGAGACAGCAGAGGUGAAUUGAGAUAAGAAUUGUUUACGCAAGGUUUUGGAAAUCGAAUCAAAUCCCCUCCAUGGAUAAGUGGCUGAUGAAAGUCCUAGAGACGGCAGAGAUGGACAAGAUCUACUGUGGAUCAAGAGGGGAAAAAAAUGAUGUAGAAAGAAAAGGCAUUU